CAGUGGUAUGGCCUCUGGCCUUGAGGUAAUUGACAUGUUUUUAAUAUUUUGGUAAAGCUUCCCCAACAGGUGUUCCCUAUAAACAGUACUCCUCGUAUAUCUUUGCGUGCAUUUAAUGCUUUAUGAGGAAACUUCAAGAUUAUUCAUGAAAAUUAUACAAGAAUAAAUCAAAAUUAUUAUUCAAAUGCAUAGGCUCGACGGAUAUUAUCCUUUCUAAGCUGGUUGACUUCCUCAACAAUUCAUUCGUUAAUACCUUUAUUUGUUUUUCUCCAAUCAAUGGCAUUUGUUUGUAUUCUUCCAUAUAUCUUGUCAUGACCCAUGACUACCAGUCUACCAGAGUCUUCAGGCAGAAGCCUCUGCGGCCUUACACCCUUUUGGUUUCCAGCUGAUUUCCCUUCUCUUUGGUAACAGUUGCUUUGCGAUUUCAAACUUUAAAGGCACAAAGAGAGAAAGCUUGCUUCCCGCGUUUACAUUAUCCCAACUCUCUCUCCCUCUCUCUCUCUCUCUCUCUCUCUCUCUCUCUCUCUCUCUCUCUCAUUAUUAAUUUAUCUAAAUGCGUGCAAGCUAUUCUCAGAUCUCCAACACCCCACCACCCUACACAUGAUCUCUUGGUCCUCAACAGUUAACAUGAAUUCUCUUCAUGAAGCGCUCUUCAUUUACCUCAACAUCUCAAUCACCUUCCUGCUCCAGCAAAGAAGAAAAUCGAUCGACUUUGUUGUUUCCGAGGAUAAACACAGGAUCUUCAAAAGCAAAUUCAAGGCCAGAUCGGCGAGGAUUCUUAAUUGAAUCUGGUUCUGUUCAUUUCUUUCUUGCUUUAGAUCCAAGAAUCAAAGCCAUGGGAGGCCAUAUGAGCAAGAAGGCCCCCGAAACUUCCUCCGCUAUCAAUCUCAAUUCCAAUUUACAGUACAAAAAUGAACUGACCUCUUACGAAGACGCUUGCAGGCUCGACGCAGACCUGCAGUCCUUCGACACCACCCUCCAAGCGCGUACGAAUCAGGUCAUCAACACUCUUGCGGUGGGAGUGGAAGUGCGAGCCCUUUCAUUUGAUUCGCUGAGAGAAGUCACGGAAUGUCUGUUGGAGAUGAACCAGGAGGUUGUUAAAGUUAUAUUGGAAUGCAAGAAAGAUAUAUGGAAGAAUCAAGAACUUUUCGAGCUCGUCGAGGAGUACUUCGAGAAUAGUUUGCAGACUCUAGAUUUCUGUACGACAUUAGAGAAGUGCCUGAACCGAGUUCGGGACAACCAAUUGCUCAUUCUUGUCGCACUUCAAAACUUUGAUGAGGAAACAGAAGUGGGAGGAAGUGGGUACGUGAAGACAUUGCAGGAGUUGAAUAACUUCAAGGCAGCUGGGGACCCUUUCACUACAGAAUUCUUCCAAAUCUUCGAGUCUGUAUAUAGGCAGCAGAUACUCAUGCUCGAGAAGUUGCAACACCGUAAGAACAAGCUCGAUAAGAAGCUUAAGUACAUUCAUGUCUGGAGAAAGGUUUCAAGUAUGAUAUUUGUUACUACAUUUGCUGCUGUGUUGAUUUGCUCAGUUGUUGCGGCAGCCAUGGCUGCUCCUCCACUUGCAGCAGCAUUGGCUGCUACUACUUCUAUCCCUGUACGUUCAAUGGGAAAGUGGAUUGAAUCCUUGUGGAAAAACUAUGAAAAUGCUUUGAAAGGACAGAAGGAAAUAAUUAGCUCCAUGCAAGUUGGUACCUAUAUUGCCAUUAAGGACUUGGACAACAUCAGGGUUCUCGUUGACAGGUUGGAAAUUGAGAUUGAGUCACUCAUGCAGAGCGCAGGAUUUGCCAUUGAGAAAGAAGCUGUGAAGAUUGCAAUAGAAGAUAUUAAGAAGAAGCUGGGAAUGUUCAUGAAAAAUGUUGAGGAGUUGGGGGUGCAAGCUGAUAUUUGCAGCCGGGACAUCCGGAGGGCAAGAACUGUGGUUCUGCAGAGGAUCAUAAAACAUCCCAACAACUGAAUCAUGAUGACGAUGACAAUGAUUAAAAACUUAUAAUUUAUGUCACAAAAUUUAUUUAUAUUUAUGGUUUAUGAUGAUGAUAUUCCUUGAUUCUUAGACUGUAUCAUAAAUCCAGGCUAUUGGAUUCCUGUUUUAGAAUAUAUGUAGUGUGAGAUUGGUAUUAAACUUCACUUCUACAUGUUUAGGGAUCAAUUUAUAUCUAGUUUCUUUUUGGAAGGUA